CCCUAUAUAUAUUCAUAGUUCAACCCUUCCAAAGGAACCCAACAACUCAAUUCUCUCUUGUACUUCAAAUAUUUUCCUUUUGCUCCAUCUCUCUCUUGAAAGUUGAAACCUAGCGUACACAAACAUGGAUGGUAGCUCCAUGGAUGAAAGCACAACAACUGACUCCAUAACUUCCAUCGGGCCGCCUCACGUGUCUCAGGUCGCCCCAUCGGCGAAGUCUCCUCCGCUGGAAAUCAGCCUUUGCCGAGUCGGGAGCGGGACGAGCGUGAUCUUGGAUUUGGAGGGCGGGAUCGAAGCCGAAUCGAGGAACAACUCCAACCCCCGUGCGAAUGGUAGCAAGCUCCCGUCGUCGCGGUACAAGGGUGUCGUCCCGCAGCCCAACGGCCGGUGGGGCGCCCAAAUCUACGAGAAGCACCAAAGGGUCUGGCUCGGGACAUUCAACGAAGAGGAUGAGGCUGCAAGGGCAUAUGACAUCGCGGCCCAGCGGUUCCGUGGCCGGGAUGCCAUGACCAACUUGAAGCCCACUGAGGAGGACGAGGUGGAGGCAGCCUUCUUGGGGUCCCACUCCAAGGCCGAGAUCGUCGACAUGCUCCGCAAGCACACCUACAACGACGAGCUCGAGCAGAGCCGGCGGAGCUACGUGCUCGACCGGAACGGGAAGCGGGUCUGGGGCGACGAGUCCUCCACGGGCCCUGGCCAAGCCCAACGGGCCGCCAGGGAGAUGCUCUUCGAAAAGGCAGUCACCCCAAGCGACGUGGGGAAGCUGAACCGCCUCGUGAUCCCCAAGCAACACGCGGAGAAGCACUUCCCGUUGCAAGGCGGCAUGACCGGGAACAGCAACAACGCCAAUGCUAAGGGUGUGUUGCUGAACUUUGAGGAUGUCGGAGGCAAAGUGUGGAGGUUCAGGUACUCCUACUGGAACAGCAGCCAGAGCUACGUCCUGACCAAAGGGUGGAGCCGGUUCGUUAAGGAGAAGAACCUAAGUGCGGGCGACACAGUCUGUUUCCAGCGGUCAACGGGGCCCGACCGGCAGCUCUACAUCGACUUCAAGCCGAGGGGCAGCCUGGACAGACCCGACGAGCCGGUCCCGGUCCAGAUGGUCCGGCUCUUCGGGGUGAACAUCUUCAAGGUAGCGGCGGGCACCGAUGUUGAUGGUAUCAUUGGGAGGAAGAGAAUGAGGGAAGGAGUGGAUUUCUUGGGGUUGGAGUGCUGCAAGAAACAGAUGAUGGUUGGGGCCUUGUAGCAGUUCCUCAAUUAAUGUUCUAGUUCUUCUAUGUUGUUUUAUUUUAUUUUAUUUUUCCUUUUUAAGGUCUCCUUUUAGCUUCUUUUUUUUUUGUGAAUUUUGUAUUUUGUAAGAGGAGGGGGGGGGAUAGAGGUGGUAUAGCGAUCAUCUGAAACAAAGAAAUGUCAUCAACUGUAUAUUUUCAAGAAUAGGCUGAAGCUGAAGGAAGCUGAAUCACAUCAAAUAAUUAACUUUAGGUUCUGCAAAGUUCAUUAAAGAAGAUUUUCAGAAAUCGGAUAACUGUCAAUUUGUUUCUUUAUUUAUUGUAUCCUCUGAAUUUGCUUUUGAACUUUGUGUAUGUGUACAUAAAGGUCAAUGUUCGACGUGGUUCUGAUCUGUAUUGUGCAGAUACUUCUUCA